AUGGCAUUCAACCAUACUGCUUUAUACAAACUUUCUCUCGACAACGAGAGCUUCCUCGACCAACAAGUCAGUCCACAGUCACGCCUAAUGGAGCUAUUCCCUACAACGAAGGCCUCUGAUCCUUUGCCGGGCGAUUGGUCCUACGACAGCGCCGUUGAUCUGUUCUUCCUCAACCUGGCCGAUAUGGAUCCCGUCUCCUUCAAUUUUGGUGAUAUGACAGCAGCCGACUCCAUGGAUUCCUCAGGCAUACCCGCAGCCAUCGGCGGGUUUAGCAUGCCCACAGCUGAAGACACCGUCUCGCUCUCUUCAGAUCUCGAUAGCGGUACACGCCCUUCAAUCGGCAUGGCCAUGACAUCCCCCACAUCCUCCGCACCAUCAAAACCAUCCACACGCGCCUCCACCAACUCCCUCACAAACAACACCAACACCUCACCGUCAGCAUCAACAUCCUCCACCCACUGGUCCUCCAGCCCCGAAAUCAAACCCAAAGAAUACAUCCCUACCCGUACCAACAAGCGCCACAGAACCCGCUCUCUUUUCAACGAAUCCACCACAUCUACCCAAUCCCAAGCCCAACGUUCGACGUGCACAUAUGUCCCCGCCCCAAAAGACUCCCAAGGCCGCGACGCCGCGAAACGCGCCGCCCACAACAUUAUCGAAAAGCGCUACCGCACGAACAUGAGCGCCAAAUACCUGGCCCUGGAAAAAGUAAUUUCCCCAGCCGGUGUGCAGAAAUCGUCUCCCAGGAGAGCGAGCACGGGUGCGGGGUCGCUCAAGAAAUCCGAAAUUCUGAGUAGUGCGUUGACGUACAUUGAGGGCAUUCAGCAGGAGAAUCUUGCGGCGCAGAAGGAGUUAGCGCUGUUGAAGCAGGGGCUUGUUUCCGGGGGAAUGUGA